UUCUAUUCAUUUAUUUUGGCAGAAGUAUUUUAAAGUAAAUUAGACAAAUCAUGACAUUUCAUACCCAAUACUUUAAACAUGCAUCUCUAAAAACCAAUUUCUUACAAAGCCACAUAAUUUUAUUACGCCUCAUAAGGAGACGUAGCAAGGUAGUGUGGAGGGGAAAUCGUGGAGAUGGGUUAGGCAUACACUUAGAAUGAAGUGCAAAUUCCACACGGAGCCCCUCCGGAGGCCCAGCUGGACCUGACCUGGGUCCUGUUUGCUUCUCUGUCUUCACCUCCCAUCACUACCCGCAGCUACACUCCAGCCACACAGGACUUCUUUGAGUUCUUUCAGUGACCAAUCUCUUUCUCGCCGCAGGGCUUUUUCACUGGCGGUUCCUUCCGCCCAACAUGUCGGGUUUCUUCCUUUUUGCCGGCUGGCGCCUUCUGAUUUCAGAGACUCUCCAACACAACCAUCUGAAAUGGGUCUGCCUCCCCGCCUUUUCUGUUGUUGCUUGGCUGCACGUCUGACCGGGCCGGCCGUGAUGAUGUUUGUUUAUGAGUUAGGUCUGCUUGUUCGUUGGUGCUUAGUGUCCCCACCGAGUCCCUAGGGCAUGCGCGUACCGCGCACCUGUGCACGCCCUGCGCGCACCUGCAGGCGACUCCGCUCUGGCUCGUCGCUGCUGUUUCCUCCUGGGGGUGCCGACCCUGUCCCAGGCUAGCUGGGUGACUUCCCCCAACCGCAGAGACAGCGGCGACCCGGAGCCUGAGACCUGCGCCCGCAUCCCGCCAGCGCCAGGCAGUGGGAAGCCAGGUUCCUCCGCCAUCUCCCAGCCAGCUCCCCGCGCGCUCCUGGGCGCCGCCCGUCCUGGCGUUAACCCUUUAGUCGCUGCAGUGGCGAGGAGCGGAACGGAGUGCAGGAUUUGGAGCCUCACGUUCUCCCAGAAAACGAACCUGUGGUUGCCAGGCCAGGGGCGGCGCCCAGGAGGGGACAAGGUACGGGCGUCUGCCGUCGCUAAGUGCCCCCUUCCACUUGAGGCACACCUUCGCUUCCGAUCCCGAACCGCCCGGGGACAGAGGACUCCGCCGCCCCGCUAAGGAUGCCUGAGGGCCCGGAGCUGCACUUGGCCAGCCAGUUUGUGAACGAGGCCUGCGGGGCGCUGGUUUUCGGCGGCUGCGUGGAGAAGUCCUCUGUCAGCCGCAACCCCGAGGUGCCCUUUGAGAGCAGCGCUUACCGCAUCUCAGCUUCAGCCCGCGGCAAGGAGCUGCGCCUGAUACUGAGCCCUCUGCCUGGGGCCCAGCCACCCCAGGAGCCCCUGGCCCUGGUCUUUCGCUUUGGCAUGUCAGGCUCUUUUCAGCUGGUACCCUGCGAGGAGCUGCCACGCCAUGCCCACCUGCGCUUUUACACGGCCCCGCCUGGCCCCCGGCUCGCCCUGUGUUUCGUGGACGUCCGCCGGUUUGGCCACUGGGACCUUGGGGGCAAGUGGCAGCCAGGCCGCGGGCCCUGUGUCUUGCAGGAGUACGAGCAGUUCAGGGAGAAUGUGCUACGAAACCUAGCAGACAAGGCCUUUGACCGGCCCAUCUGCGAGGCCCUCCUGGACCAGAGGUUCUUCAAUGGCAUUGGCAACUAUCUGCGGGCAGAGAUCCUGUACCGGCUGAAGAUCCCGCCCUUUGAGAAGGCCCGCUCCGUCCUGGAGGCCCUGCAGCAGCGCAGGCCGAGCCCGAAGCUGACCCUGAGCCAGAAGAUCAAGGCCAAGCUGCAGAAUCCGGACCUGCUGGAGCUCUGCCACUCAGUGCCCAAGGAAGUGGUCCAGUUGGGGGGCAAAGGCUACGGGUCAGAGAGCGGGGAGGAGGACUUUGCCGCCUUUCGAGCCUGGCUGCGCUGCUAUGGCAUGCCAGGCAUGAGCUCUCUGCAGGACCGGCAUGGCCGUACCAUCUGGUUCCAGGGGGAUCCUGGACCCCUGGCACCCAAAGGGCGCAAAUCCCACAAAAAGAAAUCCAAGGCCACACAGCCGAGUCCUGAGGACAGAGUGGAGGACCCUUCGCGUCCAAGCAAAGCCCUUUCCAGGACACGAAGGGCAAAGAGAGACCUUCCUGAGAGGACGGCAACUCAGCGGCCUGAGGGGUCCAGCCUCCAGCAGGACCCAGAAGUUCCCACAGUGCCCAAGAAGGGGAGGAGAAAGGGGAGACAGGCAGCUUCUGGCCACCGCAGACCCCGGAAGGUCAAGGCUGACACCCCAUCCUUGGAACCCGAGGGGACCUCAGCCUCUUAGCAGGAGGGUCUCCUUGUUGCACUCACCCUUUUUGUCUUGCCCUGAAUCUGGGGGUCUGAAUUCUUGGGAGCAGGCAAUAUCUGAAGGUGCAAACAGGCCCUACAGCUGUUCCCUGCACAACUCUCAUGUUUUUAAUUGUACCCCACCUUCCACAUCUUUAAAGCUCAUGUGAAAAAUGCUGCAUUUUUAAUAAACUGAUAAAUUUGAACUUC